AUGCUCUGCCCGUCGUUCCGUCCAGGGAGAUGGUUACGAGUUGGGGAUGCAUUUUUUCCACUGCGUUGCCGCAACGGCGGUCGGGGCUGUACAGCAAUAGCAACAGCUACAGGAAGUGCCCACCUUUCGCCAGCUGACAACGCCCCUGGCUGCUACCCUUCGUGCGCCUCGCUUCGCGGAGUAGCCAACUGCACGCGAACGAGGGCCACCCCAGCAGCAGCUGCUGCUGCAGGAGAGCCCCUGCGGCAGGCAACUGAAUCUGGCAUCUUCGGCAGCAGCAGAAGCACCACUGGCAUCGCCGGCGACAGCAGUAGGAGACUUAGGCAGUGUAAAUGCCCAGGGCCUCCCGAGGGCGCGACUCUAGGAGAGGAGCUUUGCAUGGGAAACUCUGUGGCUUUCGUGCAUGCGACUGCUGCGGCGGCUGCUCCUGCGGCAACGCGAGUUGCUGGAACUGCAACGCCCAGGCAAGGGGCCUUCGCAGCAGCGGCAGGUCAUGUGUGGGGCAGUUCUUGCUCGGAUGUUGCGUUUGCUGGUCAAAACAGUGCGAGCAGCGGCAGCAGCACCCCCGACAGCAGCAGCAUUAGCAGCAGUAGCAGCAGCAGCAGCAGUGUGUCAGUGCCAGAGAAGCGAUUCGAGGUGAAGAAAUGGAGUGCCGUGGCACUUUGGGCCUGGGAUAUCGUUGUUGAUAAUUGCGCCAUCUGCAGAAACCACAUCAUGGAUCUCUGUAUUGAAUGCCAAGCCAACCAGAGCAACGCGAACUCCGAGGAGUGCACAGUUGCCUGGGGCGUGUGCAACCAUGCAUUUCACUUCCACUGCAUCUCCAGAUGGCUCAAGACCCGCCAAGUCUGCCCGCUGGACAAUGCCGAGUGGGAGUUCCAGAAGUACGGAAGGUAA